UACACCCUCAUUCCAGCAUCUGCCACGGGGUGCGUGCCUAAAUCCAACGCGGGAGCUGAAAGCGGGCAUGUGAUUUUGUUCGCUCUGUCUAAUGCUGAUUCGGCGAUGACGACACUACCCUUGUCUCACCAACCCCAGCCUGCCCGUUUCCAGCCUAACGACCCACCCGCCCAGCUUCUCGCUCCGGAAGUUGCGCUCCCAGUCGUAUAUCCCAUCGACCGCCUUGCGUGCGUUGACGCGCCACAGCACGUGCUUCGCCUCGUCGUCGCCGUCCGCGAGCUGCACGACGUCCUGGGUCGCGAGCAGCGGGCCGUCCGGCGCGAGGAGCGCGUGCGGAACCCGCUGCGAGACGGAAGCCGCCAUUUCGGGGGUCGUGGGGCCCAGUGCAUGCGAGCAAAAGUCCAUGGUGCGCUGGAUUGUAGUUUCUGUGAGCUCGGUCGCGCUGUGAGCCGAGUCGGCGGUGCCUUGGAUGACUGUUCAGGGAUCUAGUCAGUGAAGUCAAACGCUCUGUCAAAAUUGUCCUCUUCGAUGUCAGAGAGCACCGGAGCUGCUUGCGCGUUGAUCUGCUUGUAGAUGCUUAGGACCACAAGCAGAAAUCUGGGAGCAACUGAGCAUGGACGUUCCGGUCUUCUCGUUAUGGAACCGCGCCGCUUCACUCUCGGAACACUCACCGCGUAUUGAAGCUGCGAUGGUCGCCGCAGCCGAAAGGGCAUUGGUAAACGCGAGGUGGACCCCAGAAGAGAAGAAUGGGUCGAUCUGUUGAUCAACAUCGCCAGCAAUGCGGAAAUGCGGGCCGGCAUACGCAGAAGCGGCAUAGCUGUAGUCUCCAGCGGACUUGAUCUCGCUGGCCAGUUGUGCUUUGCCCAGCAGCCGAACUAGACCGGGCGCCAAUGGAAGCUGAGCGAGAUAGUGCUCCUUGACAGAUGUGGGCGCGGUUUUGCGCGCACGGCUCGCUUCCUCAUUCAUGACGACACCAACCGACACAGUUCCGUUAUGGAGGGGAAUGAACCACGCCCAGCCCGAUUCGUCUACACAAAAUGAGGGUCAACGUACAUCUCAAUAUCAGCACCUAAAUCGUACCUGUCAAAGCUUCAAACCAGGGCGCAUUUUCACGCCUUGUCCCAGGCUGGUAGACGCCCGCACCGGUCCAGUAGCCCCAGAACGCAACGUUUCUCAGCGCUUGGUUGAACUUGCGGUUCCUCAGAUACCGCGUGGACAUAAUUCCGUUACGGCCCGAGGCGUCUACAAGCCAGGUAAACUUGAUCGUUCCCCGGCUCUCGGUGUGCAGCUGCGAGGAGUCUCUCCGCGUCCACUCCGCUGACACCGGUUGGUUUGCCGCAAAUCCGAUCGAGGAGACGGAUACGCCCUCGAAGAUCCUGGCACCAGAGGAGGCCGCGUGACGGAGGAGAAGCUCGUCGAAUUCCGAGCGGAUCUAGGUCGUUGCCCGCUUUUUCUGGGUCUGGAGUGAUGAAGUCCGUGUCUGGAUCGGGAAUGUCAAGCACAGUCGAAGCACCGCCCCGACCUUGGAUUGUGGCUCAGCGACUUGACGUGUAAGUCUAUAACAUCCCCCUCACCUUCACCGUGAAGCCAUGCUUCACGAGCUUCUCUUCAGCCCCGAUGAAGCGGAGGAAGGGCCGACAAGAGGGAAGCAUACUUUCGCCGAUGUGAUACCGCGGGAAGAAAUCUUUCUCAAGAAGUGUCACGCUGAAGCCCUCUGGAGACGAAUCCUUCAGCUCCAUCGUCGAGUCUUCAGGCGACCCACACACCUCUGGCUAGAGCGCUGGCAGCGUAAGAGCCAGCGGGGCCACCGCCGAUGACCAGGAUAUCAGUCUGUGUCGGCUGCGACAAGUCAAUGUGCCGAUCACGUCCAAGCGGAAACAGGGCUGACGUACGAUCGAAGGAGAGGGCAUCGCUGUGGCAGGAGUUCUUUGGUGGGGCUUACAUCUCACUGGCAUCCGCUGACUUUAUAUUACUCGUUUUUUUCGUGACACUCUUACGCGUCGAUUACCUGUCAGCCCUGUGCUGCUGCCACUAAUUAUCCGGUCGUUAGCCUCCAUUACAAGUUAUAAAUGCAGAUUAGGACUAGGUUGUAUGUUGAAAUGAUUUCCUUGUCUCCUGGAAGUGAAAAUAUGUUUCGUUGCACGGAGAUACGCUUCCGCGACUUCACUAGUUGAAACCGGGAUCGGUAUC